UGAGCCCAAGGGCCAGACUGUCCCCAGGGGCGGAGAGUUGCGGGCCUUUCCCGAUCCGGUAAUGGGCCUGGGAGAUGCCAGAUUAGCGUGGUGUCUGUCCGGAGAGGUGGGCCAGCUGAUGUCCAUGUCGGGGCCCUGCCGCUGGCCACACUGGGCUCCGGUCCAAGACUAGAAGGCUGGCCCGAGCUGCAACCCCUCUCUGGCUCCUCUGCCACCCACCUCCUGGGGCUGGCCGGCUUUGGGGAGCCGGGCGGCAGCAGUGACGACAGCUCCCCAGGAGCCCCCCGCCCGGCCACUCCAGGCGGGCAGUGGAGCUGGCCCGGCGCCUGGGCGCGCCAUGCGCAGCACCACGCUCCUGGCCCUGCUGGCGCUGGUCUUGCUUUACUUGGUGUCUGGUGCCCUGGUGUUCCGGGCCCUGGAGCAGCCCCACGAGCAGCAGGCCCAGAGGGAGCUGGGGGAGGUCCGAGAGAAGUUCCUGAGGGCCCAUCCGUGUGUGAGCGACCAGGAGCUGGGCCUCCUCAUCAAGGAGGUGGCUGAUGCCCUGGGAGGGGGUGCGGACCCAGAAACCAACUCGACCAGCAACAGCAGCCACUCAUCCUGGGACCUGGGCAGCGCCUUCUUUUUCUCAGGGACCAUCAUCACUACCAUCGGCUAUGGCAAUGUGGCCCUGCGCACAGAUGCUGGGCGCCUCUUCUGCAUCUUUUAUGCGCUGGUGGGGAUUCCGCUGUUUGGGAUCCUACUGGCAGGGGUCGGGGACCGGCUGGGCUCCUCCCUGCGCCAUGGCAUCGGUCACAUUGAAGCCAUCUUCUUGAAGUGGCAUGUGCCACCGGAGCUAGUAAGAGUGCUGUCGGCGAUGCUUUUCCUGCUGAUCGGCUGCCUGCUCUUUGUCCUCACACCCACGUUCGUGUUCUGCUAUAUGGAGGACUGGAGCAAGCUGGAGGCCAUCUACUUUGUCAUAGUGACGCUUACCACCGUGGGCUUCGGCGACUACGUGGCCGGCGCGGACCCCAGGCAGGACUCCCCAGCCUAUCAGCCGCUGGUGUGGUUCUGGAUCCUGCUCGGCCUGGCUUACUUCGCCUCAGUGCUCACCACCAUCGGGAACUGGCUGCGAGUAGUGUCCCGCCGCACUCGGGCAGAGAUGGGCGGCCUCACGGCGCAGGCUGCCAGCUGGACUGGCACGGUGACAGCGCGCGUGACCCAGCGAGCCGGGCCCGCCGCCCCGCCGCCGGAGAAGGAGCGGCCACUGCUGCCUCCACCGCCCUGUCCAGCGCAGCCGCUGGACAGGUCCCGAUCCCCUUCGCCCCCCGAGAAGGCUCAGCCGCCUUCCCCGCCCACGGCCUCGGCCCUGGAUUAUCCCAGCGAGAACCUGGCCUUCAUCGACGAGUCCUCGGAUACGCAGAGCGAGCGCGGCUGCCCGCUGCCCCGCGCGCCGCGAGGUCGCCGCCGCCCCAAUCCCCCCAGGAAGCCCGUGCGGCCCCGCGGCCCCGGGCGUCCCCGAGACAAAGGCGUGCCGGUGUAGGGGCAGGAUCCCUGGCCCGGGCCUCUCAAGGGCUUCGUUUUUGCUCUCCCCGGCAUGCCUGGCUUGUUUGACCAAAGAGCUCUCUUUCCACGAGACGGAAGUCUGGGGAGGAGGCUACACUUGCCUCUCCGCCGCCCCCCGCACACUGGCCCCAGCCCUUCCCUCACUUCCAUCCAUCUCCAGACCCCCCAAGGCUUUCUGUGUCGCUGCCCCCGGCGGGCCUAUCCCUCACAGCACCUCACGACUGUGCCUCAAAGCCUGCAUCAAUAAAUGAAAACGGUCUGCACCGCUGCGGGCGUGACGCUCCCGGA